AUGCAGAAUAUUGUUUUCAAAGUGGAAAACAUUUGCUGUAAAGCCUUCCAGAAGAAACUGAAGAAAGAUUUAUCAAAAAUUCCUGGUGUGAAUAAGGUUUCUAUAGAUUCAGAAAGGAGUCUUGUUCUUGUUAAAGGCAAAGUGGAUCCUAUGUUUGUCACAGCUAUUAUAGCAAAAUUAGGCAAAAAUGCAGAAAUUUUGUCCCAUGACAGACAACCUAGGAAUGGCAGAGAAUAUGUUGAUCAAGAACACCCGAAAGGGGUGCACAAAAACUGUUCUUGCCAAGAUUUUAAUGGCCACAAGAUGGAAGAAAACUUUCACAGAUUUCAUGAUCACGUUAAUCGACAUGGUCCCAAGAUAGACGAAAAUUUCAAUAGAUUUCGGAAUCACGUUCCACCAGAGGCUGGCGACCAUGUAUGUAGAGAUGAACACUGCAAAAUUCAUCAUCCAAGGAAUAUGUAUCGCGAUCACAUGCCUGAGAGGGAAAGUGCAGGCAUGUUUGGUCAUUUUGCACAGGGACAUUAUCAUGGGACAAAUUUUAGGUUUCGAGAUGGGCAUUAUCCAUUCAUGGAUGACACGUACCUUCAGCCACCGAGGAUGCCACGGCCUGCUGCAUAUGGUUUCGGUUCAGAAAGGCCAAUGCCUACAUAUGAUGAUGGCUUCACCUCAUUCAAUGAUGAGAAUGCACGAAGCUGCUCAAUAAUGUAA